CAUAUAAGCAAUGCGCUUAUGCAGAUCACAACGACGAUAAGAAUUAUCCAAGAGCAGUAAAGCCCAUUUACAUAAUUAGUUGUUUUUUAUGUUUGCAAUGAUUUUAUUGCUCCGAAACAUCCAUGCUUAAAUGUCGGGCAGCACCAUCCCUUUUUCCUUCUAUUUUCCCUCUAGCGGACGAUUCUGCACGGGACCACCCCGUAUACUUUCUGAGUUUCCAUUCAUAGAACGCUUUCACUCGUUCCGUUUCAGUACUACACUCUGUUUCAAGUGUUUUUAAGUGUCUGGCAGGUCUGGUUAUACAGGACUGGCGCUGCGAUUGUAAAAACAAAAAUGCGUUUAGAGACAAAUGGCGGCACCCUAAGCGGCCAGUGCUCCUUGACAAACGAAACGACUGAGACUGUUUGCAGCAACAAGUAUUCCGGUGGCGUGUUGUGUGUUACAAACGAUUACCGCUCCAUCAAGUUUAUCGAUUCGACAUUUAUUAACCUUAAGCCGGAAUCAACAAUGGCCCCGAAAAAAGGUGCGGGAGGCGCCAAAGGAGGUACUGAUAAGAGAGAUGACCAGAAAAAAGAGAAGGGAGAAUCCGGCGGUACGGCUGUCAAGGUGCGACACAUCCUGUGUGAAAAGCAAUCAAAGGCUUUGGAAGCAAUUGAAAAGCUUAAAGCUGGAGAAUCAUUUGACAAGGUUGCUGCAGCAUUCUCCGAAGAUAAGGCUCGUCAUGGCGGCGAUCUCGGCUGGAUGACGCGAGGUUCGAUGGUGGGACCAUUUCAGGAUGCUGCCUUCGCCCUACGAAAUUCUACGUGUGCGAAACCGAUUUAUACCGAUCCCCCUGUUAAGACGAAGUUCGGGUAUCACAUAAUUAUGGUUGAAGGCAAAAAAUAAAUAUGGCCUAUGCUUAACGGGCACCAA